AUGGCGAUUGAAAGGCUGAUCAAACAAGGCCAUUUAGGCGAAUACAUUGAUAAGCCGCGAAAUAAGCGCCGUGAUGAUCCUCCACGGCGAGAUAACAAUCGAGAGCAGCAGCAAAGACGAGAGGAUGGAGGUCAUCGACGUGACCUAAAUAACAAUGAUAACCAACCUACCCGAGGAAUCAUCUCCUUCAUCUCCGGAGGACCGGCGGGAGGCGAUUCACAUAAUGCAAGACGCACACUCGCUCGAUCAGCGCGCAUGAAUCAAGAACGCGCUUCUCCAUCCGAACGCGUAUAUCAGAUACGAAGACCUGAUCACAGCAUAGUCUUCAACUCCUCCGACCUUGAAGGUCCAGAGGAAGACCAUGUCGACGCAUUAGUGGUAACAACAACGGUGGCCAACUUCUUGGUCAAAAAAAUAUUAGUGGAUGGUGGGAGCUCAGCUGACAUCAUGUACCUCCAUGCUUUUAAGCAGCUAGGCAUAGAUAAUGCCCGUUUUAGUCCCAUCUCCACACCCCUGAAAGGAUUCACAGGAGAAGGCAUUUUGUCAAUGGGAGAAGUGGAGCUGCCUGUUUCAUUAGGGGAAGACCCCUGUCGAAUCACGAAACUAAUCAAGUUCCUCGUCGUCGACCGGCCAUCACCCUACAACAUCAUUCUGGGGAGGCCAGCCAUCCACACAUUCAAGUCAGUACCUUCCUCCUACCAUCAGAAAUGGAAGUUCCCUACUCCCUAUGGAAUGGGAGAAGUGCUUGGAGAUAGACGUCUCGCUCGAGAAUGCUAUGCAAGGGCCCUACGAGAACCCUCAAAGAAGCCUAAACCGCCCGGAAAGGGAGACGAUACCCAAAAAUCCGACAAACGGAAGUGGGUCAAUGCAAUCAUUGAGGACAAUAAAGAAAUCCUCAUCAGU